UGUGACAGGUACCAGGCUGUAGCUGACAUGAUGCAGCCUCUGGAUUCAGAGACAACCUUAAUAAAAAUCAGCCACUGUAAGAAAGACAUAUUCUGUGUCUAUGUACCCAAGUUCUGCCCCCUGUGUGGGCAGAAUGUGAGCUACAGGAGACUGGAAGAAGCACCUGUCAGUAUUCCCAGCCCUUUUGUUAAUGGGCACAGAGAAAAAUGUUCUUUUUUGCUUAAGCCUACUUCAGGAACAUUUCUAAGAGGGUACGAUGGAAAUUCUGACCUUCAUGUUGGAAUAACCAGCACUAAUGGUUUGGUAUAUAAUUACAACGAAACAGGAAUCAACAGAGGUGAACAUGGAUGGGAACAAUGUGUAAACGUCCCCCUAGUACAGCCUGACAUGUAUGCUCUGCUCAAACAAUGGGAUACAUACCUAGAACAAUUCUCAGCAGCAGAGAUCUGGCUUCCAUACAGGUAUGAAGAGCAUGUUCACAACUGUUAUACAUAUGCACUAACAUUUAUUAACUGUGUGUUGAGUGCACAAGGGAAGCAGCAAAUGAAUAAAAGUGAAUUUACAGAAAAAUUUGUUAUUCCACGGACAAAGAAAGCUUCCAAGUACAUCACUAUCUACAAGGAAAUAUGCAAGAAUGGCUUCUACAUCAUUGACCACUUUGAGCAGGAGAACAAUAAUUCCACAGGGGGUCAUUCAUCAUAAAAAAUCAAAUACAGCUGGCAGCAAAAAUAAAAGGCUUAGGUUAACCCCUUCAUGAUUUUUUUGUUCCUGACCAACUGAAACUACAGUAUCUGCAAGCAAUCCAUAUUAUGCUGAAGAAGCUCCACAGACUUUAGUGAGACUUAUUUUCAACAUAAAACUGUAGGCCUACUGUAACCUUUCAGCCUACUGUAACCUUUCAGAUAAGCUUCUGUAUACUUUUCUAAACCAUGACUAGCAUUACAUGAAAUAAAAUGUUGCCUACA